AACUCAACAAAAAAGCUCCUGUUUUGUAGCAGGUUUCCUCUGAGGCGGGUGAGGUGGUCGUCCUUUGUGAUAAAAUAAUAAAUGUAACGAUAAUAAUAUUAAUAAUAUAAAUAGAGCAAAAUAAAUGUAGUAGUAAUAAUAAUAAUAAUAACAACAACAAUAACAGAGUAAAAUAAUAAAUAACUUGACUUGAGUAUAAGCCGAUGGGGACUUUUUCAGCCUAAAAAAGGGGCUGAAAAACUAGGUCUAUACUCGAGUAUAUACAGUAAAUGGCCUAAGUUGAUACUUCUGGCUCUCUCAGCUUCACGGACGGCCAAAAGAAAUCCCAAUGAGUGAGCCAGCAGACUGGAACUACAUAUCACACUGUGCCCAGAUUGCCAGACCGAUGCCUCUUUUUGGGAAUGGAGAUAUUUUCUCCUUUGAAGAUGUCAUAAAAGCCAAGGAAACUGGCAUUUCGGGGGUCACGAUUGCAAGGGCCGCCUUGGUGAAGCCGUGGAUCUUCACCGAAAUCAAAGAGAUGCGGCACUGGGACAUCUCCGCUCGGGAACGGCUGGACAUGCUCAAAGACUUCACGGCCUAUGGUUUGGAGUACUGGGGAACCGACACGAACGGCGUGGAGAAAACCCGGGCCGCCCUCUUGCAAUGGCUGUAUUACCUCUGCAGCUACAUUCCCGUUGGGUUACGAGAGCACUUCCCUCCACAAUCCGGCGACGAACACCCUUUGUAUUUGUCCGGAGACUACUUGGAAGUCUUACUGUCAAGCCAAAAGGUGACGGAUAUGGUGAAGAUCAGCGAGAUGUUUUUGGGUCCAGUCUCACCUGGCUUCACCUUCCCGUUGGAACACGAUGAGAACGGCUACGUGCUGUAGUGGAAGAGGGAAGCAAACCGUUUGAAAGUACUACAAAUGUACAUGUCGCAAUUAUUUUCAUUCUCGUCGUUAAUUAAAAUUUAAUCUUGUGUA